AGCAGAGGCAGAGAGGAGAGAGAGCUCGAACUCCCGAUCAGUGAGACACAGGCAGACAGACAGACAGGCUGACUGACAGACACACCGCCGGACCACCAUGGACUGGAUGAGGACAGAGAACUCCGUCUCCGGAUGAGACAGGACGGCCUGGCGUCUGUUUUUUGGGGGGACUCUGCUAUAGAUACGUGGAAUAACCGACAGCCCAUUGGGAGAUUUAACCCCGUGCUACCCGCGAUGGAAUAUUUGCUCACUUAUCAUUUCCUUGAAUUUCUCCUGUCCUCUUCCUCCUCCCUCCCCUGCCUCACCACCACCUCCACCUCCUCCUCUUCAUCCUCUCACAUUUUGACACGCUGCUGAAGAUGCGCACGAAUGCGUCUUUUGCGCACUUCCAUUGCGACCGCCACUGACAGCGCCCGUGCGUUCCACUCUUUCAUGAAACCCCUUUCUUUUUCUUUUUAAACACACCAAGGGAGAGGGAAGGGAGAGAGAGAGAGAGAGAGAGAGAGAGAGAGAGAGAGAGGUGUGAAUUGAAUUGAACGCGGUGCUGCUGGUCUCAUGUUUCUCGCCUAGGGCCCGGAUGUACCGAGGGAUGCACCGGUGCGUUUUCCCAACCGGUUCCGCCGAAAGCUCCCUCUUUUUUCUCGCCUUCACCUCCAUCAUGGGGAUUAGGUAAUAUUCACUCCAUCCGAAGAAACCCUCCCCAUAAAAUUAAAAAAAAAAAACCGGGAUACCCAAAACUGUCCGUGCCAGACAGUUCUUUUUUUCUCUCCCCCCCCCCCCCUUUUUUAAUUUCUUUAUUUUUGGGGGGCUUUUUUCCCCCCCUCUUGUUAUUUUCCCUCCUCCUCCCUCUCUUCCAUUCACCUAUAGGGAUAACGCAGGACUACAUUUAUGGUAAAUGAAAGCAAAAACAUGUACAUCCCGGAGGACACCCUUGAGAACCAUCAAGGCUCUGACUAUUCUCCUCCUCCCCCCCUGCCUCGGCCUCCUCCCCCCGGACUGACAAAUGAGCACACUGACGGCGGUAGCCAUGGUGACCAUGGUGGAGGAGGGGGCGGGGUCAACCACGGGGUGGGCGUGGUGGGCCUGGCUCCGGAGCACAUCGCCACACCGGGGGCGGCCCUGAGCUGGCAGGCGGCCAUCGACGCUGCACGGCAGGCGAAGAUGAUGGGCAAUGCCGCAUCGGGGGCAGCGGCGGGGCUCGGGUCGGGAGGGGGCGGGCCCAUCUCCACGGCCAGCUCCACGCAAAGGAAGAGACAACACUAUAGCUCAAAGCCCAAGAAACAGACAACGACGACAGCCACAAGGCCGCCACGGGCCCUACUCUGUCUCACGCUCAAGAACCCCAUCCGCAGGGCCUGCAUCAGCAUCGUAGAGUGGAAACCAUUUGAGAUCAUCAUCCUGAUGACCAUAUUCGCCAACUGUGUGGCCUUAGCUGUCUACAUCCCCUUCCCUGAGGAUGACUCGAACGCCACCAACUCCAACCUGGAGCGUGUGGAGUAUCUGUUCCUCAUCAUUUUCACAGUGGAGGCGUUCCUGAAGGUAAUAGCCUAUGGCCUGCUCUUCCACCCCAACGCCUACCUGAGGAACGGCUGGAAUCUGCUCGACUUCAUCAUCGUAGUCGUGGGGUUAUUCAGCGCAAUCUUGGAGCAGGCCACCAAGGGGGACGGAGCCACUCCUAUCGGAGGGAAGGCGGCAGGCUUCGAUGUCAAGGCUCUGAGGGCAUUCAGAGUACUCAGACCCCUCAGACUGGUGUCUGGAGUACCAAGUUUACAGGUAGUGUUGAACUCCAUAAUCAAAGCCAUGGUUCCUCUGCUCCAUAUCGCCCUGCUGGUCCUCUUCGUCAUCAUUAUCUAUGCCAUCAUCGGCCUGGAGCUCUUCAUGGGCAAGAUGCACAAGACCUGCGUUCACGAGCACAUAGGCACCAUCGCAGAGGAAAAGCCGGCACCGUGUGCACCAGACGUGGCUUAUGGUCGACACUGUAAACACAAUGGAACAGAGUGCAAAAUGGGAUGGGAGGGCCCAAAUGACGGCAUCACCAACUUUGAUAACUUUGCCUUUGCCAUGCUAACGGUGUUCCAGUGUAUAACCAUGGAGGGCUGGACAGACGUGCUAUACUGGGUGAAUGAUGCAGUAGAUUACAGGUGGCCCUGGAUCUAUUUUGUCACCUUAAUCAUCAUCGGAUCGUUCUUUGUGCUAAACUUGGUUCUGGGUGUGUUGAGCGGAGAGUUUUCCAAGGAGAGGGAGAAGGCCAAGGCUCGUGGUGACUUCCAGAAACUCAGAGAAAAACAACAACUGGAGGAGGACCUCAAGGGCUAUUUGGACUGGAUCACUCAGGCUGAAGACAUCGACCCAGAGAAUGAAGAGGAGGGCAUGGACGAUGACAAACCUAGAAACUUGAGCAUGCCAGCCAGUGAGAAUGAAUCAGUCAACACAGACAAUGCCCCCGGGGGAGAUGUGGAGGGUGAGACCUGCUGCACCCGCCUAGCAAAUAGGAUCUCCAAAUCCAAGUUCAGUCGCUACUCUCGGAGGUGGAACAGGCUAUGCAGAAGAAAGUGCCGGGCGGGCGUCAAAUCUCAAGUUUUCUAUUGGCUGGUCAUCUUCCUGGUUUUCCUCAACACUCUCACCAUUGCCUCUGAACAUCACCAGCAGCCUCAGUGGUUAACCGAUGUACAAGACAUAGCUAACAAGGUGUUGCUCGCACUCUUCACUGGUGAGAUGCUGUUGAAGAUGUACAGUCUGGGCCUUCAGGCGUACUUUGUUUCGCUCUUUAACCGCUUUGACAGCUUUGUAGUUUGUGGAGGAAUUCUGGAGACCAUUCUGGUGGAAACCAAGAUCAUGUCUCCUCUCGGCAUCUCUGUGUUACGCUGUGUGCGCUUGCUACGGAUCUUCAAAAUAACCAGAUACUGGAACUCACUGUCCAACCUGGUGGCCUCCCUGCUAAACUCUGUUCGCUCCAUCGCUUCCCUGUUGCUCCUGCUCUUCCUCUUCAUCAUCAUCUUCUCCCUGCUCGGCAUGCAGCUCUUUGGGGGAAAAUUCAACUUCGACGAGACCAGACGCAGCACCUUCGACAACUUCCCCCAGUCUCUGCUCACAGUGUUUCAGAUCCUAACCGGAGAGGACUGGAACUCCGUGAUGUAUGAUGGCAUCAUGGCGUAUGGUGGACCAUCCUUCCCUGGCAUGCUGGUCUGCAUCUAUUUCAUCAUCCUAUUCAUCUGCGGAAACUAUAUCCUGCUGAAUGUCUUCUUGGCCAUCGCUGUCGACAAUCUAGCAGAUGCUGAGAGUCUGACAUCAGCCCAGAAAGAAGAGGAAGAGGAGAAGGAGAGGAAAAAACUGGCCAGGCUCGCCUGUCCAGAGAAGCGCCAUAAUAACGAGAAGCCACCUCUGAAGGAGGAGAAGAAGGAGAAAAUAGAGCUCAAGUCCAUCACUUCGGACGGAGAGACCAACACUGCUACCAAAAUCAACAUGGAUGACUACUGUGGAGAUGAGAGUGAAGAGAAGAAUCCGUAUCCUGCAAAUGAUUACAUAGGAGAUGAAGAUGACGAGGAGCCAGAGAUGCCAGUGGGCCCGAGGCCGCGGCCACUCUCAGACAUUCAGCUGAAGGAGAAGGCCAUUCCCAUGCCUGAGGCCCGCGCUUUCUUCGUCUUCAGCCACACCAACAAAUUCAGGGUUCUGUGCCAUAAGAUCGUCAACCACAACAUCUUCACCAACCUCAUCCUCUUCUUCAUCCUACUCAGCAGCAUCAGUCUGGCAGCAGAGGACCCGGUUAAGAAUGACUCUUUCAGAAACCAGAUCUUGGGCUAUGCAGAUCAUGUCUUCACUGGACUCUUCACCAUAGAGAUCAUUCUGAAGAUGACAGCCUAUGGAGCCUUCGUCCACAAAGGUUCAUUCUGUAGGAACUACUUCAACAUUCUGGACCUGGUGGUGGUCAGUGUGUCCCUCAUCUCCUCUGGAAUACAGUCCAGUGCGAUUAAUGUGGUGAAGAUCCUGAGAGUUCUGCGAGUGCUCAGACCACUAAGGGCCAUCAACAGAGCGAAGGGACUAAAGCAUGUUGUGCAGUGCGUGUUUGUGGCCAUCAGGACCAUCGGAAACAUCGUCAUCGUCACCACGUUGCUCCAGUUCAUGUUCGCCUGUAUUGGAGUACAACUUUUUAAGGGCAAGUUCUUCUUCUGUAGCGACAGCUCGAAACAGACUCAGGCAGAUUGCAGGGGUUCCUACAUCAUGUAUAAGGACGGUGAUGUGGGGAAGCCUGAAAGAGCCAAUCGAAAUUGGGAGAACAGUGACUUUAACUUUGAUGACGUCCUGCAAGGCAUGAUGGCUCUGUUUGCUGUGUCCACUUUUGAGGGCUGGCCAGGGUUACUGUACCGCGCCAUAGACUCUCACGCUGAGGAUGUUGGGCCUGUCUACAACUACCGUGUGGUUAUCUCCAUCUUCUUCAUCAUCUACAUUAUCAUCAUUGCCUUCUUCAUGAUGAACAUCUUCGUCGGUUUCGUCAUUGUCACAUUCCAGGAGCAAGGGGAGCAAGAAUAUAAAAACUGUGAACUGGACAAGAACCAGCGUCAGUGUGUGGAAUAUGCCUUGAAGGCCCGUCCGUUGCGCCGCUACAUCCCUAAGAACCCCUACCAGUACAAGGUGUGGUAUGUGGUCAACUCCACCUACUUUGAGUACCUGAUGUUCACACUCAUCCUCCUCAACACCAUUUGUCUGGCCAUGCAGCAUCAUGGACAGACCAAACAUUUCAAUGAUGCCAUGAACAUCCUCAACAUGCUCUUCACUGGACUCUUCACUGUGGAGAUGAUCCUUAAACUGAUUGCCUUCAAACCUAGGGGGUACUUUAGUGAUCCCUGGAAUGUGUUUGAUUUCCUCAUCGUAAUUGGCAGCAUAAUAGACGUCAUUCUCAGUGAGAUCAACCCAGCUGACUCCUCCUCGUCCGCGUCCUCCUCCUCUACGUCCUCCUCCUCCUCCUCUUCCUCCUCUCACCCCCCUGUGGUAAGGCCAAUGGGACUGCAGAACUCUGAAGAGAACGCCAGGAUCUCCAUCACCUUCUUCCGGCUGUUCCGCGUGAUGAGGCUGGUGAAGCUGCUGUCUCGCGGGGAAGGGAUUCGGACCCUGCUGUGGACCUUCAUCAAAUCCUUCCAAGCUCUGCCAUACGUAGCUCUGCUUAUAGUGAUGCUAUUCUUCAUAUACGCCGUCAUCGGCAUGCAGAUGUUUGGUAAGAUAGCGCUGCGAGACCACACGCAGAUCAACAGGAACAACAAUUUCCAGACAUUCCCUCAGGCAGUGCUGCUGCUCUUCAGAUGUGCAACAGGUGAGGCGUGGCAGGAGAUCAUGCUGGCGUGCUCGCCCAGUCGACCGUGUGAGAAGGGAUCUACCAAUGAGCAAGGCUCGGCCCACGAGGACUGUGGCAGCCAGUUUGCCAUCAUUUACUUUGUCAGCUUCUACAUGCUCUGUGCCUUCCUGAUCAUCAACCUGUUUGUGGCCGUCAUCAUGGACAACUUUGACUACCUGACGCGUGACUGGUCGAUCCUGGGGCCACAUCAUCUCGAUGAAUUCAAGAGGAUCUGGGCUGAAUAUGACCCAGAAGCGAAGGGGAGGAUUAAGCACCUCGAUGUGGUGACUCUGCUGCGGAGAAUCCAGCCUCCCCUCGGCUUUGGAAAGCUUUGUCCCCACAGAGUCGCCUGCAAGCGUCUAGUGUCAAUGAACAUGCCUCUAAACAGCGAUGGAACAGUAAUGUUCAACGCCACACUGUUUGCCCUGGUCAGAACCGCACUCAGGAUAAAGACGGAUGGUAAUCUGGAGCAGGCCAAUGAGGAACUGAGGGCGAUAGUGAAGAAGAUCUGGAAGAGAACCAGCAUGAAGCUCUUAGAUCAAGUGGUGCCCCCUGCUGGCGAUGAUGAAGUAACAGUCGGAAAGUUCUACGCUACCUUCCUCAUCCAGGAAUAUUUCCGCAAGUUUAAGAAGAGGAAAGAACAAGGGCUGGUGGCUAAGGUGCCUCCCAAAACUGCCCUCUCUCUGCAGGCGGGCCUGCGGACGUUGCAUGAUAUUGGUCCAGAGAUUCGGAGGGCCAUCUCUGGAGACCUGACUGUGGAGGAGGAGAUGGAUAAAGGCCUGAAGGAGCCUGUGUCGGCUGCAUCUGAGGACGAUAUCUUCAGGCGUACGGGUGGGUUGUUUGGCAACCAUGUCAACUACUACAACCAGAGUGAUGGUCGCGGGUCCUUCCCACAGUCCUUCACUACCCAGCGUCCUUUGCAUAUCAGUCAGAAGGGCUCACCUUGUGAAGGCGAGAGCCCGUCCCACGAGAAGCUCAUGGACUCGACCACUUUCACCCCUUCAUCAUACUCCUCAUCAGGCUCAAACGCCAACAUCAACAAUGCCAACAACACUAGCAUGGUUGGGGUUGCGACCCAGGGCAUCAGUCGAUUCCCGAGCCCGUCCAUAAGCACUGUGGACGGGCACACAGGGCAGCCACUCACCCCCAUCCUGCUGCCAAGAUCAGCGUGGUGCUUUCCUCCAAAGAGCUCGGACUCAAGUGACAGCCGUCUGCCGAUCAUACGAAGAGGGGAGGAUUCGACGGAGGAGACGUACGACGAGAGCUACGGCGACGACAGGGAGUACCACGAGGACGACCACUCCCUCUCCUCUGACAUGCUAGUGUAUCAUGAUGAAGCGUGUAAGCAGUUGACUCCCAUGGAGGAAGGAGAAGACGUAGAGGACAGAAGAGGAGGAGGAGGGUGGCAGUCUCCCAGGAGAGUCUUCCUCUGCCCCACUUCUCUGGGGCGGAGAUCGUCCUUCCAUCUGGAGUGUCUCAGGAGACAGUCGAGGCCAGACGUCUCCCAGAAGACGGCUGUACCCUUACACCUCGUACAUCAUCAGGCGCUGGCAGUGGCAGGGUUGAGUCCUCUGCUAAGACGGAGUCACUCACCUACCCUCUUCAGCCGGCUGUGCUCGACGCCUCCAGCCAGUCCCACGGCCCAUGGCAGUGAUGCCUCGUACCGGCGAGUGCCCUCUCUAAGGCUAGAGGGCUCGAACUCCCAUGAAAAGCUCAAUACCAGCUUGCCCUCUGUCAACUGUGGGCCCUGGUACAGCGACAGUAAUGGGAACAGCCGGGGGCCUAGUCCCACCCCCAGCGGCUCAGUGUCCAAUCAGAGAGCACCACGGCCGGUGUCGCUCACAGUGCCCUCACUACUUGGAAAAGACUCCAGCUCACUGUAUCACGGCAGCGCAGGCAGUCUGGUGGAGGCGGUGCUAAUAUCGGAGGGUUUGGGUCAAUUCGCUCAGGACCCGUCAUUCAUCGAGGCAACCAAAGCCGAGUUGGCUGAUGCCUGUGACAUGACCAUCGAGGAGAUGGAGCACGCCGCCAACAACAUUCUCAAUGGCAACAGCACCACGAACGCCACGUCCAGCACCUCCUCCAACUCCCAGAACAGCCCCAACGGCAACCUCCUCCCCUUCCACACAGCAGCAGCAGCAGAAACGCACAGGGACAGAGUGGGCAGCUUGACUCCCAGCGAGGGCGGGGGAGAGGCCGGAGGAAGCAGAAGCUCCGUCCACGGGCCGUCCUCUAUGGAGGAACGGGAGGAGCUGCUAGCAGGGGGGAGAGGACAAGACGAGGAGGAGGAAGAGUUGGGAGAGAGGGAGGAGGGGCACCGCUCGGCUGUCAUUGGAGGAGAGCGGCAGAGGAACAGCGGACUGUUGGAGGACGAGGAUAUGGAGUGUGUGACGAGUUUGUAGGAGUCUGCUCGACGGGUUCGAUUGGCCAACUGGCCCCUCUGACAUCACCAGAGACUGACUCUUGUCAGUGCUGGGUAACAGCGCCGCGGCUGGCUCUGUCUGUCCCCACCCCUCACACACACAGACACACACACACACACACACACACACACUGUCUGCCUCUCUGCCAGACAUGACUGCUCUGGACAAUGGCCGCCAGUGACGCAACCUUAAACACCUGGUUACGACUUUGUUGGUUUAUAUGAGUUUGUAUGUGCGUGAAUGUUUGUAGUAAAGUGAACCGCACUAUACUCUAUACUAUCUGACUGUAUGCUUGUGUGUGUGUGGUCUAUGAUUUUCUCUAUUUGUACAUGUAGGUGUGUGCGUGUUUUCACCACACAUGUUCGAGUGUGUCUCUAAAGUGCCUCACAGUUUUAUCAUGUCCUCAGAGAGCGAUGAGCAGGAAAGUGGAGACGAGCAAAAACGACAAAGGAGAGUAGGAUGAAGGAAAGUUAGAAAGGAAACAACGCAGGCAGGAAGUCCUUUUUACUGAUUUCCUGCGGUCGAUAUAGUGUGUUUAUGAAUUUCAUUUCCUAUGCCUACCUUGGUGUUGUGUUAUUGUUGUUUGUCUGGCUGCCAUGAAGCCUGGUAGGGGACAGCAGACCAGCUUGUGGGGGGGUCAGUCAAGGAUUAGAAUCUGACCGCACCCACUUGAGGUCAAAAGUCAACUCCUUCCUACUUCACUGAUGAUGAAGCGCUGUAUUGAGUAAAACGGGGGCAAGGAAAACCCCGUUUGAAACGUCCUUUCUCCUCCUCUUCCAAAGCUAAGGAACCUUGGAGCACAGCCCUGCCAGCCUAGGGAUGGGAUUAAAGUGAGACACCACCCUCAGCCAAAGGGGGGAAGGAUUUGAGGGAUGGACCAACAGCAACAACUGUGCUGCUCAAGGGGGCCACGGGCAGAGAGAGACACUCUCUGCUCAACAGGAAGCCCUUUUUUUCCACCAGUCAAUAAUCGAGAGAUAAACUCGGCUCGUCAGUUACCUAGAUCGGGCUUCGCCUCCUCUGCCGCUUUUCCUUGUUUGGCCACACCCACUUCCUGCCCCAAACAGGAAAUGGGAGAAGCAUUUGGUGGCUAAGCAGAGGCAGCGAGCCCUCUUUUCUGCCUCAUACCUCGCCAUUCCUCACUGCUCCCUCACUCCUUCCUCCCUCCUCUUUGGUUAUUUAACCAUCCCUCACCCUCCAUCGCUGGGUUUUUGAUUUUUCAGCCCUCGGGGAGUCGUGUGUGUGAGUGUGUGUGAGUGUGUGUGUGUGUGUGUGUGUGUGUGUGAUGGCAGGGUGGAGGAGAGAAUGGGAGUGACCAAUUGAAAAGAAAACAGACUCUCGGCAUUGAUUUACACAGGAUCUGUCCGUCAAUCAACUUCACUUCCUUCUCCAAGACCCUCCUCUUCCUCAGCGUGGAACUCCAAUGGAUUUGCUGCCACACACUCUUUCUACAGACCACGUCCACUAUGUAUUUAACAGUUCAAUAUUGUGCAAAACUGGCUAGCCAUGACUAUUUUGUUUUAUAUUCAUGAUGUUAUUGGUUUAAUUUAUCCUUGGAUUUGUUUGCACAAUCGGGGUGCUGGUCUUACAAAUGUAUUUUUGCUUGGUUUAUUUUAGGAGAAUUUUAAGAGAUUUUAAGUAUCGAAGCAGGGCGUAGAGUUUGCGUACGAGUGCAUAACUAUAUUUCUGUGUGUGGGUGUGUCUGCAUUUUAGUACAGGAUGCAUGUGUGUGUGUGUGUGUGUGUGUGUGUGUGUGUAUGAGUGUGUGUGAUAGUGCGUGUAUCUAAAGGGGGGGGGUCUUUCUCUCUAUCAGUAUGCACCUUUUACAGAUUGUAUCUAUUUAUUUAUUUAUUUUUUCCCAGAAGAGAAAAAAAAUGUGUGCGAGGAUAUACGUUUGUGUGCGUGUGUGUGUGCACCUGUGUUUGAGUGGUUACUUAAGUAUUCUAAAAAGAUUUUAAGCCUAGACACUAAAUUAAGGUAGCAUUACAAGAGUGCGUGUGUGUGUGUGUGUGUGUGUGUGUGUGUGUCUGUGUGUGUGUGUGUCUGUGUGUGUGAUAAUGGGCCUCCUUAACACAGGGUUACCAUGGACAGGCAUGCUUCCAAAGCUUUGUGAUUUAUUCCCUUUGUUGUUGUUUUUUUUCUCCUUUUUAGCCAAGCUGCAGAGUCAGAAGCCACUUGAUCUUUUUAUGUAAUUACUCAUUACAUAACUUUUCCUUAUAUUGUUUUUGAGGGAUAGUUCAGCGUAUAGUCUCCAGCAAAGGACAGAGUGACCGGUGAAGUUUACAUUGGUGAUUGCAGCCCGGCCAGAAGUUAAGCCUCUCGGCAGCUGCUGCUGUUUUUCCUCGUCCUGGACGGUUGCUCUGAAAGGUAGAAGCACCUCAUUCCUACUGCCACAGUGAAGCUUCCAGAAUGAACUGGAGGUGGCGUCAUGUCCCGAUCGUUCAGCUAUCACACGCCAUCAUCACGUGAUCUUAUCAGAAAGUCGUGGACAAAACUUCAAAUGAAAUUAUUAGGGCUGGUGUAGAAAUGCUGCAAGACUUCACCUCUCUUUGUCUGAGGUGUGCUCAUAUCACAAAACAUCCCUCGCUCGCAUUGUUGGAGAUCGAUUGGAGACACGUUCUGUCUGUAAUGUAGUUUACUGGUAAUACUGAAUAGUGGAAAAUGAUAAUACAAACGGGAGAUUUCCUGAUGAUUGAUAAGAUACUUGGGUAAUUGGUGGAUAGGAGUCAGAAAACUGAGUCAGAGGGAAUAAGAUUUGUGGGAGAUCUCCUGGUCUGGUGUGAUUUUUUUCUUUUUUCCAUUGGCUUUCUCGGUAGCAUGCAGACGUGUUGACUGACCUUUCUCUAUUUUAGCUUGUCCCUUGAUUAUAGUGUGGAUUCGCUUAAGGUAUGGCCACAGUGUGCCAUAGCUAAGUAUCCUAUAGAGGCCUCGGUACUGGUACAGGUCUCACUUUGGUGUUAUAUCUUCUCCCAUUUCUGACGUCAGCAUCACAGCACUGUCACGUUUAUUAUCAUUAUGCCAACGACUUUAUAGUAUUUUAUAAAGGAUAUAACUCAAUUCAGAUCAAAAUGUUCAAAGGUUUUGCUAGAAAUUUUGGGAAAACUGGUUUUUCUAGCACCCCAGGCCUGAUGCAAAGUCAAAUACACACAAAGAAAGUAUUGACAGGUUGUAUCUUACCAGUGACCACAUGCAGAUACACAUUUAUCUUUGUGCAGCAGAAAAAGACUGUGUGAGAAGGUCGAUCGUACGUCAGGGUUAGAUCAUUUAAAACAAAUAGAUGCUGCCAAAGCCUUUGACCAGUCAGCAAUCUGUCUCAAAGACCAAAUUCCAUAAGUUAUCCCUCAAGAGAUCAGACUUUCAAACACAGUGAAUCCUCUAUGCUGAGCCCUCGUCCCUACACGUCAAGCAGAGCAGGUCUGUGGCAGCGAAGGGGUUAACGCGUGAACACACUGCCAUACACUGCAUUUCUGUGCCAGUAACAGACUUCUGACAUUAUUAUGCAAAUUAAAUGUGAAUUUGUGAAUGUUUUUUGGGGUUUUUUUCCAGUGGCAGUGCUCUCGUGGUUAUGAUCCCACCUGAAGAGAGAAAUCAAAAGUCUGUGUCGUCAAAGGAAAACCUUCCCUGUUUGUCUCUGGCUUCAUAGAAGCAGCUUAAGCAUUUCGUCCUUGCUUCCUUUCAGCAGCUCGUUCAAAAUAGACACUAUUCUUUAUUGAAAUGAUUUGGCACCAUAAGCUAACUGGGUACUUUAUGGCUCACAUCAGUUUGACUAUAAGCUCCUUUCUUUUUUUUUUGUCAGGCUUGAAGUCUUAAAGUUAGAACAGCGAAUGGGAGUAUAGUCACAUUUGUUCAUUUGUGUGCAAGGCAGGAUCCAGCUCCAGUGUUUAAACCACACAAUCUCACUUUGUACUUGGGUGAAUUUAAAUAAAUGAUCUAACACAGAACCACUCUCAGACUUGGCCCAGGUAAAAUUAGGAUGGGAAGGUUUCCGCAAGGUUUCAUAACUCAUUAUAGCCUUAGGUUUAAUAGUCAGUGAUCCCGAAACAUCCAUAUUGUUCCAUAUCACAUAAACAUGAAUGAUGCAUACAUGAAACUAAACUCAGUCGUAAUCCUUCACGGUGAUGUUCCUUAUAAAUGCUGAUUCAUAUUUCAUUGACACACACAGUGCAGAACCAGGCUUCGCUCUUUGGGUUCAAUGGCUUUUUGGUUUCAGCUUUUUGGUGAGAGAGACUCAGAGGUUUGUAGUGCCCCCGUGUGGAGUGGAGCAAUAGUGCAGUUUAGGUUUUUUUUGGUUAGUUUUUUGUCCGAGCAUGAACUAUGAGGUGUUGUGUUGCAGUAAAAUGGUAUGAGUGGGUGUAAUCUUGCAUCCCACCAGAUAUGCAAAAACAAUGCAAUAACUAUGACUGUAUACAAGGUUCCCGGAGUAAAUAUACUUGUGAAAGUGGGAGGGGAAGAAAAAAAAUAAUCAAUAUCACGAUGAUGUAUUAUUAUUAUUUUCUGUGUGUUACCUUUCUAAGUCAACUCAGUGGUUUCCAUGCCAGAGAAACCUGACAUACUUGAAAUCAGGUACAUUGUAGUGCAGUAUAGUGAAGAUGUAUUUAUUUCUCUUUCUCUUGUGAGGGUGCCGGGUUCUGCCUCUGUCUGCAGACGAUGAGACGAUGAGCUGAGAUACGUGGUUUUGCUCAUGUUUGAUGCAUCGAGUGAAGAGCUGGUCAUUUAGUUUGAUGAUUCACCUGAAACAAACUAACUUCACUUCCCCCAACUCAGUGACUUUUGGCUGACUCCUUUCUCUUGUUCAUUUCCAGUGAUGCGUCGUUUUUAAGUGGACUGAGCUCUGUGGGUGUAUCGUCAUGGUGCAUGAGGUUCACAUUUCACGUGUCGACGUUGGAGCAUCGCGGGUUUCGCAGUAAUUUAGUUUGAAUCAAGUUGAGUAUCAUAUCGCAUUUUGACAGAGUAGCUAUUUCUCUUUAGUGUACAUACAGAGAUUCAAGUCAGUAUUUCUUCUCUAAAUGGACAGUUGACAGGUGCAGGGGAGUAUCUGGUGUCUUGUGGGCUCUCAGUUUAUUCUCUGAUUCUUAAUUUCGCAGAAGGACGGAGCUCACGUUUAUAUGAUUGUAGAUAAACACGACAGAAAUGGCAAACUACAGUAUUUUUUUAUUCUCCAGGUGUCACCGCUUCUUUGCCUACGUGUCGUCACAGUCACUUCUCUCACUUUGUCCUCAGCUUCGACCCCUUGUGAAGACAGACAACAUGAAAUGGGGCAAAUCGCAUGGAAUUGGCAGUUUUUCAACUAAAAUAUUGGGGGAUUGAAACCAUCAUCGUCGUGAUGGACAAACACUGCUGUGGCACAUUCACACUUUAUUGCUUUCUUGAUGUAUGUAGCACAAAGUGACCCAUAUACAUGAAAACACCUACUCUCAGUCCACAGGUUAAGCAGGUUAUGAGUAUAAGUAUCGAUAGUAAAAAGCAUAGACACAUUAUCCAAUGCACAGAAUAAAUUGAGAAAUUGAACCACACACAACUGAAAAACAUUCGGGGGGCACUCCAUCUGAUUCAGUAUUAAAAUUAUAUAAAGCUGGGGAAUUUUUAGAAAAGAAGACGAAUGGUAGAAAUCGAUGCAGCAGAAGCUGAAAUAUCUGGAUGUUUAUGGGUCAAGCUCCAGAUAUUCUGGAUACUGCACUACCCACAAUACACUGCGGCUUUCUGUUGUAAAGUCUUAAUACAUGCAUACAUCACUGUGACACCAAAGGUUCUCCGUGUUCACCUGCGUGGGACAAUUGACUCAUCACAGAUGGAGCUGCGGCGGGAAAAAAGAAAGCAGAUGAAAUAGUCUCCCUGUGAAUUUCAAGUGAUAAUAUUACUUUGAAAUCACGCACUGCACAUAUGUUUUAAGUUAGCGUGAAACGGUUAAGCGUGCAGAUUUCUUGACACAGGUGCGGCCAGUAACCUAAAGGUGCACCAGGAAAACCAGCGUGCACCAAAGCUGCCAGUUAAACCAACCACCGCGCCCGCUCAAAUUCAGUCUGCCCAAGUGAACAACAAGUGCUUCUUUCUCGUAGACGGACGACAAUCUGGUUGGCGGUUGAAGACUAUGGGAUGCGGCGGGCGUUGAGGGAGAAGAGUUUGUCGAGGGGUCGUGGAAGGUUUUGCUUCAUCGUGUUGAGCAUUUCAGGGUCUGAGUUCUGACGUGGUGAAUUCCAUAUACAUAUACAUAUAUAUAUAUACGAGUGAUGUUUAACAUGUGCAUGGGUUUCUCUCUCUACAGGUCAAACGUAUUGGUCCUAUGUGAAUGAUAAUAUCUUUUGUCUCACCACUAGCCAAUGAUUGUAUAUUUUUAUAUACCAUAUAUAGCAAGAUAUAUAUGAAUAUAUAAUAUUUAAUCACCAGAAUGUUAUAGAGUAAAGAAAGAAAGGGCAGGACGUGUAUUUUGGGAAUGUAAUUAGUUAAAAAUAUUGCUCAUGAGAAUGGUCCACAUACAGGCCCACUGACUGAAGUCCACUUCAUUGACUGCACUUCAGACCAAAAGGAACCAGCAGGUAAUAAUGUGAUAUUUAGUGAAGGAGAACCAUUGUGUAUGUUUUGGCUGAUGGUACUUUACAUGGUCGGCUGUUAGGAGGUUUCACGAUGGGCUUGGAUCGUUCCCGGAGACUGAGUCGACUUCACAAGUCUCAUUUUGAACGCUUGUCCUCUAGCAGCUAUUCUGACUGCAGCUCCAGACCUUGCGGUGUAGAAAUCGACACUUGACUCCGGACUCGAAGGAACGUCUGACGCCUUCGUUUUAGAUUUUCUUCAGCAGCAGAGAGAUCCAAAAUGGAACGCGUUCGCUCGUUCGCUCUUUCGUUCGUUCGCUCGUUUGUUGGUUGGUUUGUUGGUUUGUUGGUUUGUUGGUUUGUUCCGUGUCGUGUGACGUGGGCUUGAACGACUCGACCUACCAGCAGCCUGUCGGUGCAGGUCAGAGUCUGUAGCACUGAGAGAGCUGUCUCUCUGUAACUGGUCCUACACACACACACACACACACACUGUACACUUUUGUCAAAUGUAAUAUUUAAGCUUUUAAGACAUCUAACCAAAAAAAGUCAACCUAUCAAGUACUAGAUCUCUACCUAUCUCUCUCUCUCUCUCUCUCUCUCUCUUCUCUCUGCUUUGAGCCAUGAAAACCAUGUAGCUUCGACCUUUUAUUUACCUCCAUGAAAGGAUGUGGAGGACUUGACCUGCAUCUGUGGACAAAUGCUUUCCUCUGACUUGGACCCAGAGCAGGAGAUACAGAAGCAGUUUAGCGUCUUGCAAACUUAUACGAUGUCAUCUUGACAGUGAGGAACCACGAAAGGACAAAAAGUCUGAUUUUUAUUUUUUAUUUUUUUCGUAUCACGGAAAACAACUGCUGUACGUGACGGUGUGUUUUUUUUGUUGUUUUGUUUUUUUAAGUUUAAAAAAAAAUGAAGAGAUACGUGUUUAAAACCUCGACUGCACACAGAUGUGUGUGUCAGAGAGCGUGAGUCUGUCUCCGUUCUCCUCGUGUGGAUCCGACAGAUGUACGAUAUAUUUUUUCUUGUAAGCUCGAGUGUUUGUCGACCGCUGUUUGAUCCCGACAGAAAAUAUUUUAAGAGGACUAUUUUGAAUAUAGAUUUAUUUUUCUUUUAUUCUAGGCUGGAGGAGAGAAAAACAAAUCCACCUAGCCUGUUGUCACAGGAUUUUAAUUAAUCUACUUGUAUCUUUAAAGAAGAAAUAUGAAUUCCCCUUUUUCAGGAGAAACGAGAGGGGAUCAUGCACCUCUUUGUUUUUCUGUUGUACAGAUGUUAUUUUGAUGUCCAUGCUGACAAAAGCUUUGGAAAUAUGAACAGAAUGUGAGAAAGGGAUUACAUUAUUAAAUACACAUUUCUAUUGCAAGUAUCUUCUAUUUUAGAUAUGAUAUAUAUAUAUAUGUAUAUAUAUAUAUAGAAAAACUAUAAAUUAUAAGAUAUGAAAUGAUAGUUUGGAGAGGAUCUGGUUUGAAGGUGCAAUACCGUUGGCAUUUUUAGUGUUUGACCCAUAGGACAGAUGUUUUUUAUUGGUUUCACCAUCAGCUGAAUAUUUCCACUUGGUUUAGAAAUAGUUACCUGUAAGUUCCCUUUGUCUUGAGUGUUGCCAGUGCAAACGCAGUAACAGAAGAACAUACGAUGCAAUUACAGUUAUGUAUCGGCAAGAUCAAAGUGACAGUGGUGCAUUUUAUGAAAUAUAAUAGAACGGUGACACAUUACAGAUAAAUUUGACUCUUGGAUCGUGGAUGUGAGAAUCUGAUUUGUAUCUGUGUGCAGAAUUCAUGCCGGCAUUCAUUCUUAUUAAAUUAGAGGUUAUUGUGUGGAUUUUUUUUUUAGGCAAACCUAUUCCAGAGAAAAAACUUCUAAGAACCAAUAGCAGCACCGAAAGAAACCAACGUUCGGCAAAUUUGACUGCACUGGCUCAUGGUACCACUCAAACGACUUGAAUUCUUUUCUUAUGGGAUGUUCAUGCAUGACAGUUCAUAGACGCAUGUAAAGUCUUCACCCCGAAGGGAGGAAGAAAAAUAUGACUCAUUUCCAACCAAUUGAUUCAGAAACAAGCUGCAGACUAGCGAGAUAGAACUCACCCGUUGUGUAGCAGCGACUAGGGCAGCCGACUGUUAGUGUCUGAAGGACCUUGAGACCUUGUGUUCCACUCGCUUCUCCUCUCAUCGUUAUUCAUACCUGACAAACCAGGAAGGAGGUUCCAAGUUUGCACAUAAUAGAAUAUCCACAAAUUGACCACUUGUCGGUAGCGGGAUGCUGCACCCACGGCCCCUCGUUGGCUUGAGUUUCUUUCUGUACCAGCUCGUGUUUCUAACGUUGACCUCCUUCGGGAUGGCGAACAGCUCCAGACGUGUGGCAGCAGCAGCAGCAGCAGCAGCAGCAGCAGCAGCAGCAGCAGCAGCAGCUUUACGACGCAGACGUCCUGUCAGCCAGUGGUUCUGCUGUUCAAACAGCUCGUCCACAGCGGAGCCGUGAAUUUCGACCACUCCCCUCUGAUAAGAGCUAGUACUCAUUAUUUUGGACUCUGUCAUCCCUUGAAUGUAGGACUCAGUGAUGCUCUAAGUAUUUGAAGGUCAGAUUGAGGCUACUGGUUUGUGUUUGGAUCAUUUUUGAAUAUAUAUUUUGGCCAGCCAUCUCGGUGUUUGGCUACAGCAGCCAUGGAAGAUCUGGAUUUAGCUCCUUGCUUCGCUGAACUUUGACCCCUGGGGGUUUCAUCUUGAGAAAGCCACCUCGUGACCAGAGAGAGAUAAAAACUGAUUGGUCUUGUGUGCCCGUGUGUGCUAAUGCAGCUUCAACGAAAGAGCCGAAAGGCCCCGUCUGACAGCGUCAUGUACAUGAUCAUGGUCUUAAAGAAUUUAACAGCACGCUGGCGUUAACCAAGACUCUAUAUAUCCAGGCCGGUUGUUUUUCCCCAGCCUGUCGACUCAGAGGCAGGGGAUCCAAAGCUCCAUGUGCGAAGGCUUGUCUGUUCCUUAUUUACUGGGUAAAUGUCGGGGCAGUGUGUCUCCGUCCUCCACUGGUCAGUAGUGUCUUAUUGUUCCUCGUCUUAUAGUUCACUACUCAUGAGAAGUGUUAAAAGGGCCUUUGAUCGGAAUGAGCCGUUUGUCUCCGUUCUUUUCUGUCAGAGACGUCCGUUAUCGAUCCUCAAGGUUAUUUUGUGGAGAGGUGAUUCACACAGACCAAUGUGUGGUGAUAUUAGUAGUGGCGCUACUGUUAAAUGUAGUAUUUAAUAACGGCACUAUUUAUGGUCAAAACUGAACUAGAGUGUGUUCUUGUGCUUGCAGUAGCUUCGGAGGCAGGUGGCUGCUUUGUAACUGAGUUCUUUAACAUAAGCCACUCCCCCUCAACUGUGUGAGGGAUUUCAUUGGUUCUGAGGUUGCUAAGUGACACUGGCCCAACAUCAUUUGGUUUCCUCGGUUACCAUUUGUCUCCUUGGUGAAGACUGCACGGUCUCACCGCCUACACACCCUUUUCUUCUUCUUCUUCUUCUUCUUCUGCUUCUCGUUCUUUUUUCUAAAGGAGAGUUCUUGAUUAUGAUUUUUUUUUGUUCAUUUCAUUUUAGAUUUUAGUAAGAAAGAAUACAAAUGAAAUAAAUCAGAAUAUUAAUUCAAUCACUUUUUCUACUCCUAUUUUCAAUAAAAAGUGAAAAGAAAAACCAAACAAAAAGUUGAUUUGUAAAUAAGUAAUGUACAGUUUGUAUCUGUAACUCGUCAGUCUGUCAUUGGUGACAGAGUCUGUCUUGCUUAUAACGCACGCUAACAGUAAAUAAAAAAGGAAAAAGUAUAUUUAGACUGUAUGGUCCCUUGAAAGCAAGUUUUAAAUUAAUAUCUGAUGUAUAUUCCUGUAACAUUGCAUUUUUAUCUGAGGAAUGAUGUUAUUAAAAAAUUGCAAAUAAAUUGCAUUUCCUACA